AUGAAGAGGAAAACGCAUAGUAAAUACGACGAUGAUGAAAAAAAAAAAAAAAGUGAUACAAAAAAAUAUGAACAAGAUAGGCGAAAAAGACUAAAAGGGGAUGAAAAACAUAAUGAAAGGAAACAUGGACGAAGAAGUAGCGAUCGAAAAGAUGAUAAAAGAAAAGGAAAAACAAAUGAUGAAAACAUGCAUGAUGAUGCAUCAUACAAUUAUAAUGAUAAAAAUAAUCAUGACAAUAAAAAGUCCCCAAGUUAUAUGAACAGAAGCAAGAGCAGAGAAAGAACUCGAAAUAGAAGUCAAGAAAGAGGUAGAAAUAGAAGUAGAUGUAGAAGCAGGAAUAGAAGCAGAGAUAUAUCUGUUAAUGGAAAACGUGCAGGUAAAUAUAACGAUCAAAAUGACAAUUUUAUUCAAUCACAUAAUGGAAAUUAUUCCAAACGUAGUACAAAAAAAAGAAGCCGAAGUAGAGCAACUAGCCAAAGUGAUAGCAAAAGUGCUAGCUAUAGUAGGCGACACAGUAAAUAUAACAAUAGGUAUACUAAUGAUAAAAAAUUAAUAAAUAAUGCAAAGCUUGAUAACAAAAAUUAUAGUAAAAAUCGUAAUUAUAACCAAAGUGCAAGUAAUAGUGUUAAUAGAAAAGAUAUAAUAAAUUAUUCUAAUAAUGAAUAUUCAAAUAAUUUUAUACAAAGUUCAUAUUUUGAUAAAACUGGAAAUGAUCCAAACAUAUCAAGUGCACAGAUUUCUACAUCUAACAAUCGUCCUUAUGAUAAUAAUAUUGAAGAUGAUAAAUAUAAAGAAGGAAAUAAUAAUAAAAAAAUAAAAAAUAAACAUAAAGAUUUUAAAAACAAGCAUGGGAAAAAUAAAAAUAAUAAUACUAUGAAUAUGCAUAUAACAAAUCCAAAUCAUAUGUUAAUUUAUAAUAAUGGAAAUACAAUAGAUGGAGUUGGCUAUGAUAAAAUUAUACCACAAAAUAAUAAUAAUAUUAACAACAAGUCGAUUAACUAUAUGCAUUACAAUAAUAAUAUAUCACAUCCUAUGUAUAUGAAUAAUACUGUUCCUAACGACACAAACUUUGAAUCCAACAUAAAUGUUGAUGGGAAUAUAUAUAACGACCAUAUUUCCAGUCCAAUGCCAAAUGGUAAUAAAUUAAUUCCACCUAUGAAUAAUCCAAAUCUAAUAAAUCAACAUCAACCAAAUAUUAUAUCUAUAAAUACGGUUUCUAAUCAUUUAAAUCCACAAAAAAAUAUUCAACCCAAUACCUCAAUAGAACCCAAUAAUAUGGUAAUCCCUCCCCCACCAUCUUCAGAUGGAACAUUUUAUAAUAACAUGAACAUACCUCAUUCUAAUUCUAGAAAACCAUUAGUUUUAAUACCGAAUGAUAACCAAAUAAAGAUGGGUAGCAAUGCUCCAAGUUUUGUGGGUCCUCCUGAGUCCAUACCAAACAAUUCAAACAUGAUAAACAACAUGAACAUGUCAGGUGGAAUGAACAUGUCAAAUGGGUUCAAUCCAAUGGGAGGAGAUAUAGAUAUGAAAGACAUGAAAUUUGAAAAUCAAGGAUUAAACAUGACUAAUAAAAACUUAAUGAAUAAUAUACCACCACCUCCCGAUUCAGAUUUAAAGAAAAAUAUGAUAAUUCCCCCAAGUGCCCCACCAUAUAAUGAAAAUAAUUUAACAAUCCCAGGAAAUAUGAAUAUAUUUAAUAAUAACAAUUCUAGAAACAUAGUUCCACCGCCGUAUGGUAAUAUUGGAGAUAAUAAUAUGCUAAAUCAGAAUAACAAAAAUAUAUCGAACCCUAACUACAUACCAUUAAAUAUACAAUCUAAUAAAAUUAUGAAUCCAAAUUUAAAUAUGAAUAAUGUCUUAAAUGUUCAUAAUUCUAACUUAAAUGAAGUUUAUAAUAGUAAUGAUAAAGAUUAUACAUCUAUGUCUCAAUAUCAGCAUAAUAUGGCACCAAAUGCUAUGAAUAUACCAAAUAAUUAUUUAAAUAAUACUGAUCCCAUUGGUAAUUCUGCAUCUAAUAUAAAUCAUAAUGAAAUUAAUACAAUUUCUGGGUUAAAUAUGUAUGAAGAUAAAAAACAUGAUAACUCCAAUUUUAUUAUAAUGAAAAAUGCGGAAGUGGAAGGGAUGGGAGUAAAAAAUAGUAUGCACACAUCAAAUAAUUUGUUGAUAAAAAAUCAAACAAAUUAUGAUAAAAAAAAUAUGGGAACUAAUAUUAAUAAUCCUAAAAUGAAUAUAAGUUAUGAAGAAGAUGAAAAAGAAGAAUAUAAAAAUGACUUUGACAUAAUGAAUUAUCAUGAAAAUGAAAAUGAACAAAACAAAUAUAAUGACAAUAAUAAUGAUUUAAAUUAUCGAAAUAAACCUGAACUUACAAGGGAAGAAACAUUAAACGAAUGGUUAGAAACACAAUUAAAUAAACAAACAAAUAUUAUUCAAGAUGCAAUGCAUCUAAUUUUGUUAAUAUCUUCUAUGUCAAAAAAAAACACUACCCAAAAUAAAAAUCAUAUCAAUCUAAUGUCACAUCGAAAAAGUUUUUGUGAUAACACAGUUUUGAACCAUUUAAUAGAAAAUAUUAUUUGUUCAGAAAAAAGUGAUCAUUUUUUAUUUAAAGAAAAAUUAUCAUAUAAAUUACUACAGAUAAAUAAUAUAAAUAAAGAAAGUAAAAUCAAAAUCGAAGAAAUUAAAAGUAUUGAUAAUGCUGAGGCUACUCAAAAUCUAGAAUAUGAUACACAAGAAGAUGAUAACAUGUUAGAAAAUUUUAGGGAAUAUAUUUUAUCGAAUCAUAAAAAACAUCAUAACGAUAUAAAAAAUAAUAACGAAAAUUAUAUAGAUCAUUUUAAACUAGACCCAACAAGCAAUUUAGACAAUCUAUUUGAUGACUUAGAUGUAGAUACUCAGGAAAAUUUAUUUGAACCGAUCCAAAGUAAAGAAACUGAAUCUAACCAACCAAGUAUUGACAAAAACGAGGAAAAUAAUAAAAAUGAAAACGAUGAACAAAAUAAAAAUAAUUUUUUCUUAAAUAUUAUGAAAUCCAAAUUGGGAAAUACUUAUUCUAUUUUUUCCAAAUUUACCAAUAAAGAAAAUAUCAAAAAUGAAGAAAAAAAUGAAAAUGAUAAUUCAAGCGAACAAUCAAUUCAAAAUAAUAAUGAAAAUAAUAUUAUUGAUCAAAUAAAAAUAAAUAAUCAUGAAAUAACUCAAGAAGAAUUUAACUAUAAACAAUAUCUAGCAUCAAUACUAAUAAAUAAAAUAUCAAAGAAAAAAAAUUUUAAUUAUAAACAUAUUUUACUUAAUGAACUUUCUAAUAUAUCAUCAAAUAGUUUAUUUUUUCUAAAUAAUUAUAAUAUUACUUCAGAUGAUUUUGUUAAUUUAUACUGA